AUGCUCACUAGAACCCAGACCGGUCAGAGCAUGAGCGAUAGGCUCGCGAGCUCGACAUCCGCCAGUGCAGGGGCGUACAUGGGUAGUGAGGCAGCCGUGGUUCAUCUACAAAUCCAGGAGAUUGCCAACAAACGAAUAUCUACUAUUGAAUACCUUCGCAAAGUGCAUGAAUCGCAUGUCUAUUGGUUCAACACUGUCCACUUCGACAGAUCCGAUAUCCAACGCUUCCCUUAUUUCGACCCUCGCAAGCUCGCCCGCCGCGCCACCAAUUAUUUUCUCCUCGGACUCUCCCUCCCCAUCGUCGCCGACUUGAAUUCCACCAGCCCCUUCGAGUUUCUCCGCAGCCUAAGCACCCUCCUUCAAGAAUUCGAGGCGUUCCAGCAGCUCCAUGGCGAGUCCGGCUCGUCUUCGAGUUCCCUCUCGCGCGCCCGCCUGCCCCAGAUGUUUCGCCGCGGCCCGGGCAAGUCGCGUCGUAGCAACAGCAACGCCAACGACAUUGGCCUCCCCAUGGACGACGCGCUAAACGGCCGCACAACGGGCACCCCCAACGCCAACGUUGUCAACUUCGCCCACAGCGAAUCGGACUUGCUUCCCGGCGAAGAAUACACUCUCCUCUUGACGCCGGCAUUGCCGUUCGAGCCCGACUACUUCGAGACUUUCGCGACACUUUGCGACGUGCUGGUCGACACAUACACGAAACUCCUGAACUUAAUGCCGUCGCCAGCCGUAGCCACAGCGCCGGUAGCCGAACUCUUUGCCAAGGUCGACGGAAGAAUGCGCAAGAUCAUCCAUGGCACCAUCAAGGAGUUCGAAGAACAGAGUCGAUCACAUAUGAAAACAGAAAUAGCCAACAUUGGCAAAGUAGUCUUGGGCGGCUUAAUGUAA